AAUCUAAAAAGAAAUAGAUAAGAGUACCUAAUUUCAGAAGCAAACAGGUAUUUCUUUUUCCUCGCACAGGUCAAUGCUGAUGUAAUUGGAUGUCAUCCAAGAUUAAAUAUCUCAGUCAUCUUUUUCGAUGUGCCUAGCGAAUGCAACCGUCUAUCACUGAAAAUUAAAAGGGCGUUCCAGGACGGAAACGGAUAGUGUCCACUGUUCACCAUUAUAUGCCACAAAAUGUGAGCUGCCAGUCCAUUUCCAUCUCGUCCUUCCAUAAUCAAUACUCAAAUAACUGCACGCUUCAACGGAACUCAGUACGGAACACAGUAGCGUACGCACUAGAAGUUGCGUUACGCAACCCUUGCCCGUGUCUUCUCAAAAUACUUCAUCUGUCAUAUGACGUCAUCGAUACAUCAUCAUUGGUGACGAAGCCUCGUUCCUGGUAUCGGGGACUGCCUUCCUUCCGCACAGCUGCAGGGCCGCCUCGGCAGCGAGAGGGCCGGAAAGACCGCCCCGGCGGCACCCGAAGUAGGCGCCCUCCCUCGCUCCCGCAGAGCCGGUCCGAUCACCGGUACCAUCAGUCCGCCGUCAGACACCGCCGCGACAGGAAUGGCCCGCGCGCUCCAGGUGCUGCUGGGCCUCUGUGCGCUCCUGCUGGUCGUCGCAGCACAAAGCAGGACCUGCCAGUUGAAUGGCAAGAGCGGGACGUGUCUCAUCAUCCGGGAGUGUCCGGCUAAUGUGGCGCUCUGGAGGCAGCGUCAGAUACGGCAGCUGCGGCAGGCACUGGCCGCGUGCGGCUCCUCCACGCCCAGCGCCACGGCGCCCAUGUGCUGUCCGGACAGUAUGGACUCGCGCAUUUCGCUGCCGUCGGUUACGCAGCCCGCUCGGUUCCGAAACCACCCCCUCUGCGGCCAAUCCGACUUCCAACCGAGUCGUAUCGUAGGAGGCGAGCCCGUCCGCCGGCUGGCUGACUUCCCUUGGAUGACGGCACUGAAGUGGCCCACCACCGGGUUUCGAUGCGGAGGUGCCCUGCUCAAUGAGCGAUGGGUGCUGACGGCGGCUCACUGCAUUACCGAAGGCGGACCGGUGGCAGCUCGUAUCCGUGACCUUGACCUCAGCACGGUGAUCGAUGACGACUUCGGGGAUCCGCCGGAGGAGAUCCGGAUAGCCCGCACCUUUCCGCACCCGGAGUUCCGAAAUGUCCGCGGCCGCGGAAAUGUUGGUCUGUUCUCCGACGUUGCGCUCCUCAAACUGGACAAGGAUGUCUCCUUCUCAGGCGUGACUAAGCCGCUGUGUCUACCCGAGACGACUCGGACUGACUCCGAGUACGAGCGACUGAGGAGGAGCUACAUCGCCGGCUGGGGACUCACCUCGUUCCAGGGCUCGUCCUCGCCUCGUAUGCUGUGGGCGAGUGUGAACAUCACCGAACACCAGACGUGCCAGGAGGCCUACCGGCGCACACGGGCCGCCACAGUCAUGGAUGAGCACAUCUGCGCCAAUGGGAACGACCUAACCCAGCCGGGCUGCGACCCGGGGGUCAAUGACCAGUCCUGCCUGGGAGGCGUCGACGCGUGCGGGGGCGAUAGCGGAGGUCCCCUGAUGCUGCGCCUGCCGCGCGGAAACCGUCAGCGCUGGGAAGCGAUCGGUAUCAUCUCCUUCGGCAACGGCUGUGGCAGCCCCACCCAGCCGGGGAUCUACGCCAGGGUGGACCACUUCCUUGACUGGAUCGCAAAGACAGUCAGCGAAAACUGAAUGUUUCAACUGUCACCAGAAGCUGAGGCCCAGACCGUCAACGGAAGAUGAGGGUUCGAAUGUCAACUUUGAGUGAAUGCCAGAUCUGUCAACAAGAGCUCAAUGUAUUAACUGGCAAUGGAAGCUGAUCGGUCAGUCAGCGAAAACAGUUUAUCUAAUCCAUGACGUGACAGUGAUAAACGGCGGACAGUAAACGGAAACUGUCUGGCGUCGAAGAAAACAGUCACCGAAGUUGACUAUCAGACGGUCGACUAAAAGCGACUGCCAAAAGAGCGGGGUAGGGGGAAUGCGGGACUGAACAAGGAACCGUGUUGUGCUCCUGAUGCGGCACCUCUGACUUCUUUGUAGAUAGUGAUGUGCCUGACCUGUACAUAAGUAGUUUUUCAUAUGAAGCGAGCAUGAAAAGUGGAGGUUUUAGUGGUAAAAUAUCGCCACUUACAUUAAGCAGCACGCCGCGGUGAUUUAGCGUAAACUGCAUUGAAUAGACAGUGUCAACUGUCAACCAUAACGAACAAAUGUAAACGGGUACACAUCGAGAAGCAACGCUGUCGUAUCGCUACAAAUACAUACAUGAUUUGUUGA